GGUUUAUGUUUUGUUGAAUAGAGAAUAGACGGUACCCUUGGUAAGGCGUAGACAGGUUGAAUUUUCAAUGAAAGUGAAAGUGCAAUUCCUCUGGAAUUCCUUUAAAUCUGUGCCGUAUUUGGCAAGGGAAUAUUGCAACUGUUAGUUGCGUUUAUUUUCCAGAUUUCAAAACACACGCGGUGCAAUUAUGGUUGUUUUUAGUGGAUCUUUACGCGUCAAAGUGUGUGAGGCAGAAGAUUUGAAGCCCACUCCCUGUUCGUCGAGAUUGGUUCCGUCGAGAUUCGGUUCGUUGCAGUUGAUAGAUCCUUACAUUACAAUCAAUGUAGAUGACUACAAUAUAGGAAAAACUACAGUAAAAGCAAGGACGUUUAAGCCAGAAUGGCACGAAGAGUUCGAAGCAGAAAUAACGAAUGCAGAAAAUAUUUGUAUCACUGUUUAUCAUGAUGCAAAAAUCCUUGGUGAUGAUUUUGUCGCAAAUCGAAUUAUAGCAAUUAAGGAUUUAUUAAGUUGCAACAGCAAUAGCAAUGAAAAUAGAAGCAAUGUAUCAGAUAUUUGGAUUGAUCUGGAACCAACGGGCAAGGUACAUGUUAUCAUAGAAUUAAAAGGAUCGUCAUCUGAAGGAAAAGGCGCCGAGGCACCCUCCGGAGAGAGGGUAUUUCGAGCCAGGGAAAAUGCAAUGGACAAACGUCGACUGGCCGUCAGAGGCAAGAGGGUACGUCAAGUCAACGGCCACAAAUUUAUGUCAACGUUUUUACGACAACCCACAUUCUGUUCACACUGUAGAGAAUUUAUAUGGGGCCUGUACAGUCAAGGUUACCAGUGCCAAGUAUGUACUGUUGUGGUCCACAAACGAUGUCAUACGCUGAUGAUUACAAAGUGUAAAGAGUUAAAUCCCAGUGAGGAAGUGGAAACACCGUCUCAACGAUUCAGGAUUGAUGUGCCUCAUCUUUUUCAUGUGCACAAUUACAAGAAGUUCACAUUCUGCGACCACUGUGGCUCUCUCCUAUAUGGUGUCAUCAAACAAGGACUGCAGUGCCAUUCUUGCAAAAUGAAUGUUCAUAAACGGUGUAAGAAGAACGUGGCCAACAGUUGUGGAGUUGACAGCAAAAAGCUGGGCCAGGUCCUGAUUGAAAUAGGGCUAACUUCAGAUCAAUUAUCCCACAAGAAAAAGUGUUCCUUUUCAUCCCAUAAUAAUGUGAAAUCCACCUCAAGUUCUGUUUCAUCACGUGAGUCAACAAUAUCUUCAGUGGGCAGCACAUCGGAUGAUACGGCUAAUCUCUUGGAUGCUAUUCAAAAUAUUGCAUUAGAAAAUAAAGAUGAUGUGUUUGGGCCUUCAUCUAUUGGCGAUGAAUCUGAGCUUCCAUCCAAAGUCUACACACUCGAAGAUUUCAAUUUCAUCAAAGUGCUAGGCAAAGGUAGCUUUGGAAAGGUGAUGUUGGCUGAACUGAAGGGUACAGAUGAAGUGUAUGCUGUAAAAGUUCUCAAGAAGCACUCAAUAAUUCAAGAUGAUGAUGUUGAGUGCACUAUGACUGAGAAACGUGUCCUGGUCCUUGCCAACAAACAUCCGUUUCUAACAUCACUUCAUUCAUGCUUUCAUACAAAGGAUCGUCUGUUUUUUGUGAUGGAGUAUGUGAAUGGAGGCGAUCUGAUGUUUCAAAUUCAGCGGGCACGUAAAUUUGAUGAGCCAAGGGCCAAGUUUUAUGCAGCUGAAGUGACAUUAGCGUUACAGUUUUUACACAAGUAUGGUGUGAUUUACAGGGAUCUUAAACUGGACAACAUUUUGUUAGACAUGGAGGGACAUUGUAAACUGGCUGACUUUGGUAUGUGUAAAGAGGGUAUUAUUAAUGGCAAGCUGACGUCAACCUUCUGUGGAACACCAGACUACAUUGCACCCGAAAUUUUACAAGAAGCUGACUAUGGUCCAUCCGUUGAUUGGUGGGCACUUGGUGUCUUGAUGUAUGAAAUGAUGGCUGGUCAACCUCCAUUUGAGGCAGACACUGAGGAUGAUUUAUUUGAUUGUAUCAUGAAUGAUGAUGUACUCUACCCGGUGUGGCUCAGCAGGGAAGCGACAACAAUCCUUAAAGCUUUUAUGACCAAAAGUCCUGCAAAACGUCUUGGGUGCAUAAGCAGUCAGGGCAGAGAAGGUGCAAUACGGCAACAUCCGUUCUUCAGGGAUAUUGACUGGGAGGCACUGGAGCAGCUCAAAGUUAAACCACCCUUCAAACCAAAAAUUAAAACUAUGCGAGAUGUUAACAAUUUCGAUGCUGACUUCACCAAAGAAGAACCAAAGCUGACGAAGAUUGAUCAGAAGGUUGUAGAACACAUAAACCAGGCAGACUUUAAGGGCUUCACCUAUACCAGAGACGACAUCCCACUUAAGGACGCAACCAAGCCACGAGUCACAGAAGAAACUAGCAUAGAAUAAUCAUGUUCCACCUUCAUUUGCUAUUCACAGUGUUCCUUGUCAAAUGACAAAAAGCUUUCCCCUCUUCUUGUCUAGGAGUAAUGUUGUAGUGAUGUAAAUUAUGUGGGCCUAAGUGCCUAAAGAUCAUGUACAUGUGACGAGAACCUUCUCCGUACGAGAAGGCCGUAAGUACAAGGGAAGCAAAUCUUCCUUUGUAGUAUGUUCCUUCUUUUCAUGUUCUUAUUAUUUAUUCCUUGUCAUUUAACUACUACUGGAAGUAAUAAUUAUCGCCUGGCCUAAGUUUACUUGAUGAACUUCAUGAAUAAUGGGUAUGCAUAGGCUUGCAUACCAGGCUGGGCUAUGACCGACAAUUUGUAAAAAUAUGCGUGUCCUAGUUUACUAUUGCAUUAGUAACUACAUUAAUAGAAAAGGAUAUUAAAAUGACUGUACAGUAUUUUUAAAGAUAAUCUUAUCGACAUAUUAUUAUGGCAUAGAUAAUACACAGAUGUCCUGUAUAAUAAGUGCAGUCUGCAUACCAUUGCCAUCUGGUUGUAGGUUUUAUGUAUCGGUUUUAUGCAUACAAUUAAUUUUAGAAAGCAGAAUUUCCCCAAAUUGAAUGCUAAACCUUUCAAAAAUUGAAUGUUUGACUUGUGAAUUUGAAAUAUUGACCUAAAAUAAUGUUAUUUUUUUAGAGAUGACAAUGAUAUCGUUUAUCUAUUCCUAACCAUGUGUGGUUUGGUUACCCUUUUCACUUAUUCAAAGUAUCUUUUUUACUUGUAAUAUAUGAUAGAGUUAAAUAUAAAAUAAUGUUCAAUCUAUGGAGUCAUUCAUAUACUGUUUUAUAUUGAAUCGCAAAUUAAGUUAAGCCGCAUAUUGUAUUAUGCCUACUAUGUGCUAUUUACACAUUUACUAGGUUUAAUUUUUUUGAAUAUUAAUUGCAUACAUUUAAUUAAAAAAUGUAAUAUUUAAGUGUAAUAUAAUUGUAUUUAGAUGACAUGGACAUCAGGGUGGCGACAGUCAGCCUUCAUUAACUGGACAGUGCUUUAGUAAUAUCAUACAUUAUAAUACUUUUAAGCUCAUUUUUAGUAACAGUGUGAUAUGGCAUAUGAUACUUUUUGUGUCAUUCAAAAUUAUUUUUUGGAUUUUCUCUCUUAAAGGCUUUUCUUUUCGUUGCAUGGAUAUUGUCUUUUUUGCAUGUUUCGUAUUUUUCAACACCAAAUUUCAUACAGGCAUAAACCAUCAGAUUUUUGUCUGUCAGACUUGCGUUUCAGACAUAUCUUGUCAAGUAAAGAAUGUCUGUUUGAAGUCAGACAAUACUACACUUCAUCAGAACAUCAUUCAUCUUCAUGAGAAUGUGUGCUUGUGUUGGAAUCUUGCCUAAUAAGUUUAAAUAGAUUACGGGACAAGGCUAAUUACGGGUUAAAUUAAAAGAAAGAAAUAAACAAACCUCUACACAGGACUACUGUACAACAAAGGAGGGGUAAUGAUGCUGGGUGGAGAGAGUUACUACCCCUAAAACUGAAAUGGGCUUUAUGCUUUAUGGAAGAGAGCUUCAAUAAGCUAUUACCAUCUCCACCCUCCUUGUGGUGUCUGCCCACCCUUGGCAGUGUCCCCUUCCCACAAGGUUGUCUCCACCUGCCCAUAUCUCUAAAGGUGUCUCAACAAAUACAGUACCAUAAGGGUGUUUGUCACCCAUUCUCAAAGACUCAGUAGUGAAGUGUUUCGUCAAAUAAAUGUUCGAUCACUAGAAACCUAAUCACACAAUUUUCAAUUUGGUUUGGGGGUGGGGGGAGGGGUGGGGUUUGGAAUUGAAGAAACCAUCAUUUCAAAAUAAUGUACAUAGAAUUGCUCUGCAGGAUUCUGUAAGUAGCUAUAAUUUUUUACUGUUCUCCCCUCUCUUUUUAAAACUCUUUGUUUUAAUGGCAGAAUACUUAGGUAUAGCUCAUCAAUAUAAUAUCAUGUAUGCAAGAUUGUUUUUAACAAUGUGUCUGUAAUUUCAGCAAAGGAAUCAUUGUCUUGGCAUUUUAUUCUAUUUUGCGUUAUAUUUAUUCAAUAUUUAUUCAUCAUGUAUUCAAUAAAUUUAUUUAAUCACUGUAAAUGGUUUUUAGAUUGAGGUACAGUAGUAACACAUGGCAUUAUUGCCAGUGAGCACAUUGUGUUGGUAAUUGGUAUGAAGUUAAGCAUCAAGUCAAUCUUCUCUCUCCUCACGUUGCACUUGCAUUUUCUACCGGAGUUCCUAUCAUAUUGUUCAGGUUUGUAUAUGCCAUGAAGUCGUUAUCGCACGUUUAUUAGGAAGUUUUCAAUUAGGCAACGAUAAGAUGAUGGGUCAUUCUUCUCAACACAACAUUCAUUCAUCUAAAGCCCAUCCGUAAUUAGCGGAGGUGUGGCUUGGUGGUUAAGAUGCUUGCCUAUCAAUCCCAGCUUUCUUGGUUCAAAUCCUGUUGCACUGGAAUUUGUUGUCUCAACCAAAAAAAAAAAAAAAAAAAAAUGAAAAGAUACAAAUCUCCACUAUGUAAGCAUCAUAAGGCUUACUUUAUAGGGCAUUACAUUUUAUUUAUUAAAGAGGUCCAUAAUUAUCAGGUCACCCACGAUAAGCUGAUAUUCAGGGAAUGAAAACUCUUCACAUGGAUCAUUAUGUCGUUGGCCUCACUGUCAUCUCAAAUCGAAAGCUUCCUAAAUAUGAGUGAUAUUGAGGGAGCGGUAUUGUUAAGUAUAUGCGUCCAAAGAGUUUUUUUUUUAUACAAAUCCAAUGAUAUCAGCUUCAGUCAUAUUUGAAACCAGCUAUAAAAUGGAUACUUGCCCAUGUAAAUACAAUGUAUUUACUUACAUGUGACUUGCACUGUAAAAUAACAGCCAGUAGUGUUAUCUUUGCAGGUAAAAUGUUCACUCUGACAUCGGGCUGAAGAUAGUUUCAGUAGAACAUAGUUUCCGCUAGACUAAGUUUGUUAUAUUUUACUGAUUGUAUAUUAGCAUAUAUUAGAGUAGGCCUAAUCAAAUGAACUUGGUUGCUAUUCAAUUUUAAUCAAGUAUUUUGAAAAUUUUGGUAUAAUUUUCACAGGAUUCAUGUUUAGAAUUAAGUAUGUGGACUUGCCGGGAGACUUGCCCGACCGAAACGGACUAGACUAAGACUUAACGAAGAAACAUGCAUGUUGGGCUGUGACGGACUUUUAACUUAUAUAAGCAGAGUAACGUAUCUGCAUUGCCAAUGUGCUUAAUUUUUAAGACUGUAAAGCAAGUGAUAUUUCUGUAUUGACGAUAUUUCUGUAUUGACUUCAUAUCGACGAAUAUUUGUAAACUUGAUGACAGCUAGCAAGUAGUAUUUCCUACGUUUAAUUGUGAAUCAAGCAGUGGAAAUGGUAGGUAAUUACUUGGAGUUUUAGUGAACUGUAGGCCUGAGGAAUUUGUAAAUUCUGUAUCAUAUCUAUCAACUACAGAGAUGUGUUUGUGAGAUGUAUUCAGGUUUUUUUUCUCACUUGUUGUUUUGCAUGAUGUACAUUGUGGAAAAUUUUUGUGUGAAUUCAGUCAGUAGCGAUCUUUGUAAUUCUAUGUUAUAAAACAUUCUAUAUAAGAUAUAUACUCUAUAGUAUACAUAUGUAGUGCAAAAUAUCAGCUGUAUAAAAUGUAGAAUAUGUUUUGGCCUUUUUUGGGUUGUUUUUUUUUGGUUUUGGUUACAUGUUGCAAUAUGAGCGUAGCUACGCAGUGGUCUACAGUAUGACACUUGUGUACUAUUGUACUGUUUCAAGAUGUAAAUUAAAUAGUGUUGGCAUUUCAACCAGGAAAAUUUGGUCUUAAAUUAAUUACUGGCAUUUUAAGUGAAGACAAAGCAUUUUUAUGUAGCAGCAUAUUUUUCUCCACCAAUUUGUAUUAAAAUUUUGUUUUUAAAUAGUAUACAGUAGCUUUUUUCGGUUAUAUAUUUAUAAUGUAUUUAUGCAUAUUGUUGUGUAUUCAUGACUACAUUAUAAUAUUUUUGAAUAUUGUGAUAUUUAUGAAUAUUAUAAUGAAUUCAUGAGUCUUAUGUUUAAUGAAUCUUAUGUACAUUAUAAUGUUUUUGAAUAUUGUGAUAUAUUUAGGAAUAUUAUAAUGAAUUGAUGAGUCUCAUGUUUAAAUGAAUCUUAUGUUCAAUAAAUAUUAUGUUUAAUGAGUAUAAUAUUUUAUUCAUGAAUAUUAUAAUAUUUACCAAUAUUAUAAUGUUUUCAUGAAUAAUAAUUUAUUCAUAAAUAUUAUAAUUUUUCUUCAUUUUCAAUAUUAUGUUACUGUUUUGUUGCCAAUUCCCUUUAUUUUACUCAUGCUGAAAUAUUGUUGCCUUUUCUUAUUAACACGUUGCCUGCCACUAGCGUGGUGUAGAAUUCUUGCCCAUGUACAAGACAUGUCUUUGCUCAUAGUUGUGCUCAAAUUUUACCCACCAACUAUAUCCUCAUGGGUCUUUUAUAAUUUAUUUCAGGAAAUUUAUAUCCUACAAGAAAACUCGGUAAAACAGGUUUUUAAAAAAAUAUAGUAAUUUAAUAAUAAUUUGUAUAAUUCCUAAAUUAGCCACUACACAAAGGGGCACAAUUAUAUCAUUUAUUUUCUGGUUAUAACAAUCACUGAAGUGAGAUUAUUUUGCAGAUUUUGUCGUCACAAUUUGAAUGUACAGGUAUUUUAUUAAUUUUUAUUUUUUACAUACAAGAUUUUAUAAUUUUGGGUUUUUCCCCAACUUCCAGCUAAGUGUUUGUGGUACUAAAUGCCAGCAUAUUUCAAAUUUUAAAAAAAUUUAUUUUCUACAAGAUUAUUGGUAGGGCGCCCUCUGGAUCUCUGAGUAACACAAGUCUACUUGUGCAUGGCAGGCAGCGUGUUAGUAUCUUAGAUGUCUGUUUUACCCAGAAACCCCUAGUAUCAUCUGGCUUCUACAUUGCUAUUACAGUAUAUUGGCUGAUAUGAAUUUGCUGAUGUUUCAUUGCACAGACUGUUUCCCAAAAUUUCUUACAAUAUAGACAAUUAUUUAACACAAAAUGGACACAAGAAUUGAGUAAUUGUUAAUACUACUGAUUAACAGGUACUUGGGUGCUUUUAUAUUACUCUUUAUUGCAGUGUUCUCUCUCUUAUUCAACAUUAACCCCCUUUAAGCCGGUUUUACACUAAGCGAAUUCAUUCGCCCAAAUCGAAAGUGGCUGUUCUAUCGGAGUUUUUCGCUUCAGCGAAAUCAGUAGUAUGAAUUGUUUCUACUUUUGUGAAGUGAAAAAAAUGCGCAAUGAAUCGGAGCUCAGGAAGCGAACCGACGCUUUUGAUUUGCGCGAAUAUAUUUGCCUAGUGUAAAACUGGCUUUAUGGUAUUUUGUAAGCUGCCGUAGAUGCUUUCCUCAAUGUGCUAGGAUGCUUGGAAUCAUUUUACAUAAUAAUGUAUUGUAUAAUGAUAUCUAGCGUGCAAUGUCCACACUAAGAAGGUUUUUGUGAUUUUACAUGUAUGGGUGUGAUAUGCCAUAUAUGGAAACACUGCACAAUGACUUUCCCAUAAAUGGGCAUUGUGGUGUCCUAUCACACCCAUAUAUGGGCAAAUUGCACACAAAACUAGUGUGGGCAAAGCUUUCGUGGCUCUCUCACCAGCUGACUGUACAGAUGAUACUCUAUUCAAAUCACUGAGAAAUCUGGCUGUGUGUUGUAUCAUGAUCUGUAAAGAAGAUUGUAGGAUGAAGGAUGAAAUGAGGGCUCAAAUUUAAUCAGCUGGUGAGAAAGUUACUUUCAGACAGUGAAGAAGCCAGAUUUAGUAACAGGUGUGUAAUGUGCAAUGAAGCUAGAUUUUAAGAAAAUGUUUUGACCACAUUUUUCAGUAUAAGAGUGCUAAUGAAUUUUAAAAAGAAAAAAGAAAAAAAGAUUGGCUUUCUUAAGUGCAAGACAGUGAGCUGAAUAAGCAAAUCAUCAUCUUUUGAAAACCAUUACUGAUCUUCAUUUUGGUGUUUCAAUAUUUCACCUUUGACCUAUUUACACACUUGUAAGAAUAAAUGGAGCAUUUUGUUUCUUCUGACCAAAUCUUGA